AUGGAGCUACUACCACCAGUGGUCUCCUUCAUCGCCGUCGUGCUCGCCACUGCACUCUUUCUCACAACCAUUCUCCUCGGCCGCUGGAAUCCCAAGCGCAAGCUCAAUCUCCCACCAGGCCCUCGGCCAUGGCCGGUGAUUGGCAACCUCAACCUGAUCGGCGCGCUCCCGCACCGCUCUGUCCAUGAGCUCUCCAAGCGGUACGGCCCACUCAUGUCUCUCCGGUUCGGCUCCUUCCCCGUCGUCGUUGGCUCCUCCGUCGACGCCGCAAGGUCCAUCCUCAAGACCCACGACCUGGCGUUCAUCGACCGUCCGAGGAUGGCGUCGGGCAGGUACACCGGCUACAACUACUCCGACGUGCUCUGGGCACCCUACGGCGCGUACUGGCGCCAAGCGCGCAGGCUGUGGAAGACGGAGAUCUUCAGCGCUAGGAGGCUCAGGUCGCAAGAGCACGUUCGCGACGAGGAGCUGCAAGCCAUGCUGCACGAUCUCUAUGUCCACGGGACAUCGGCAGCGGGGGCGGGGCGCGUGGUGGUGCUGCUGGACCAUCUCCUCAUGGUGAACCUCAACGCGAUCUCACGCAUGGUGCUGGGCAAGAAGUAUGUCGUCAACGAGACAGGGUCGGCGACGACGCCUGAAGAGUUCAAGCGGAUGGUCGACGAGUUCUUCUUCCUCAGUGGAGCGCUCAACAUCGGGGACAUGAUCCCAUGGCUCAGCUGGCUGGACCCGCAGAUCAGGAGGAUUAAGCGGCUGGGCAAGAUGUUUGAUUGGUUCCUGGAGCAUGUGGUGAUCGAGCACAUCGAUCAGCGGCGGCGGCGGCGAGAAGGUGAGGAGUUUGCUGCCAUGGACAUGCUGGACUUGCUGCUGGAGCUCGCUGACAACCCCGACCUCGAGGUCCCAAUCCAGCGGGAUGGCGUCAAGGGAUUUACGCUGGAUCUCAUCGUUGGCGGCACGGACACCUCAUCGGUGACCAUCGAAUGGGCCAUGUCCGAGCUCCUGAGGAAACCCGAUGUGCUCACCAAGGCCACCGAGGAGCUGGACCGUGUCAUCGGCCGCGAACGCCUUGUCACGGAGGGGGACAUCACGAAGCUCCCGUACAUGCAGGCCAUCGUCAAGGAGACCAUGCGCCUGCACCCGGUGACGCCGUUGCUGGCGCCGCGGCUGUCCCGGGAGGACGCGUCCGUGGACGGCUACGACAUCCCGACGGGCACGCUCGUGUUCGUCAACGUCUGGGCCAUCGGCCGUGACCCGGCCGUGUGGGGGGAUGCUCCCGACGAGUUCCGACCAGAGAGGUUCGCCGGGAGCAGCGUGGACGUGAAGGGGCAGGACUUUGAGCUGCUGCCGUUCGGGUCUGGCCGUCGGAUGUGCCCCGGCAUCGGGCUUGGGCUAAAGAUGGUGCAGGUGAUUCUAGCGAACCUGGUCCACGGGUUUGCGUGGAGGCUCCCCGACGGCAUGGCGAAGGAGGAGUUGAGCAUGGAAGAGAAGUUCGGGCUGUCCAUGCCGCGCUUGAUCCCACUCCAAGCCGUCGCCGAGCCUAGGCUUCCGGCUCACCUAUACGCCAGGCCGCCUCCAUGA